UAACUGGUCUACUCGAUGAAGAUUUGCCUGUGCCCAGUGCUGACACUGUGCCCUGGGUAUCCACAGGUAUACAAAAGUACAGCAGACGUGGAGUCAGGCCGGGCUCUCUACUCUAGGUACUCGGAGGUCACUGAUUCAGAGCCCGAGAGAUUCCUCAGCCUUCGCGAGACAGUCCUGCUCAGGAAGGAAGCCAGGAAGAUGUUUGUGCAAGCGAACACCAGGGUCAAAGCUGACGGUGACGUUCAGUUCCUGAGCUACGAUGGAACAGCGGCCGGCUUGAUCCAAUCCUUCGUUGAGCGAUUCCCGGAGGACGACGAGGAUCUGGAGUGGAAUCUACAGGACCUCUGUCGGAGGGACCUGCCGUGCUGGAACCGCCUCUAACGCCCUCCACCCCCCACCUCGUUCUCCACCCUGGCCCAGUGUGUUGCCAAUCGAGUUUUUUUUCCACUUGCUCCCCCCUUUUCUGUAUCAUCCCUUCUGAAUUUCCUGCAAGCGCUGCUUUGGUGGACUUGGAAUUCUGAGCGGGACAACUCAAGCCACUAUCCCCACCCCACCCUGAUUCGGAAUGGCUGGAUCCGUUCUCAGGUUAACGAAUCCCACCCUGUGCCCCAGACCCUUCCUCCGACCCAGCUGCCCGGGUUACUCGGUCGCUUGACCGUCGCAGCGAGGGCGUUCUCAGAGUUUCGGAACGGAAACCUCGGGCAGGCGGUUUGCCCUAAUUCCUGAGAUCUGGGGAGGGUCUGCGUUUCCCAGGAAGCUCACUCCCAGUCCCAGCACGUAGCUGUUCCACACAGAGACCACCACCUGCCUCCUGUUCCUUUUUCCCCUCCUCUCCCCCCCCCCCCCCCCCAAAGGCGUCACUGACGGUCAAGAUUCUCUGAGCUAAUUAACGCCGGGAAUUUAUCACGUUGUGAAACAGCAAAUGGGUGUCCGAAUCAUUCGUUGCUGCGGGAAACAGAGUGUGAUCUCCUGGUUGGGAUUGCGUUCCAUUUCUGUCGCAAGAAUUAAAAGAAAAAAAAUCCUGUCCU